CGUCUCCUGACCUUUGACCCUUUCACGACAUUUCCGAUGUUCCCAAAGCGAUGAGCCGCCUUCACCGUCGCCGCUAUGGUCGCCCGUUACUAAGGUGACCCCUCCGCCGGCCAGAAGACCUCCGCCUCCUCCUCUCUGCUCGCGUCCAAUCGGUGGCGGGGAUGCACGUGAUGGGCAGCGUCUCCCCGGCCAAUGAGAGUGAGGCUUUCUUCCUCCAGGAAGAACCUCCGGCCCGCCCUCCGUCUGGAGCUUCAGAGGAUGAAGACACCCAGAGGACACCAGGUCCUCCUCCUCCUCCACCUCCUCCCCCCCCACCUCCUCCUCCUCCUCCCCCCCCACCUCCUCCUCCACCUCCUCCCCCACCUCCUUCGAUGCCAGGGGACCCGGGAGGAGGAGCCAAGAAGAGGAGGGUGAGGAGUUUCUUUUGGAAGACCAUACCUGAGGAUCAGGUGAGGGGGCGGAGCAACCUGUGGACUCAGGGUGGUGUGCAGCAGCAUUACCAGAUCGACGUCCAGACCAUCGAGGAGCUGUUUGGUCAGAACGCCAAGGCCCCGCCCUCAAAGGGGGCGGGGCCCAGGAGCUCAUUCAAAGAGGCCAAAGAGGAGGUCUCCAUCCUGGACUCCAAGCGAGGGAUGAACAUCGGGAUCUUCCUCAAGCAGUUCAGGAGGCCCAAUCAGACGAUAGUAGACGAUAUUCGCCAUGGCAACAGUGCGCCGUACGGGGCGGAGCCUCUGAGAGAGCUGCUGAAGCUGCUGCCAGAGGCCGAGGAGGUGAAGAAGUUGAGGUCGUACCGAGGAGACAUCGCUAAGCUCUCAUUGGCCGAUUCCUUCGUGUACCUGUUGAUCCAGCUCCCCAGUUUCUCUCUGCGCAUCGAGUCUCUGCUGCUGGAGGAGGAGUUCCCCACAGCGAGCGCCGUCAUGGAGCGAGACCUGGGGGUCCUACAGGCCGCCACCAGAGAGCUCCUGUGCUGUGAGCAGCUUCAUGCUGUUCUGCUGCUGGUGCUGCAGGCCGGAAACCUGCUGAAUGCGGGAGGCUAUGCUGGGAACGCUCUGGGCUUCAAGCUCUCGUCUCUUCUCUCUCUGGCCGACACCAAAGCCAACAUACCGGGAAUGAACCUGCUGCACUUUGUGGCUCUGGAGGCCCAGAAGAAAGACUCCAAGCUGUUGGAGUUCCCCCUGAAGCUGACUCACGUGCAGCUGGCCUCCAGGGUUUCCGUGGAGACGCUGGAUGCAGAUCUCAAGUCUCUCUCUUCUCGCACGCGCUCAGUAGAGCAGAGCGUCCAGAGGGACGAGGAGCUGCUACAGCAGCUGGGCGGCUUCCUGCAGUCCUCCGCCGCAUCGCUCCUCCGUCUCCAUGGUAACCGUCUCCAGCUCCAGUCCGACGGCUUCCAGCUGAUGGAUUUCUUCUGUGAAGACAAAGAGACGUUCAGGCUGGACGACUGCUUCAGCAUCUUCAACAGCUUCUGCUGCAGGUUCAGCGCCGCGGUCAAGGAGAACUCCGAGCGCGAGCUGAAGGACGCGUCUCGCCGCCGGCGCCUCCAGGAGCUGGAGGAGCAGAAGAGACACUCGUGGUCGUGCGGCGAGGAGGUCGACGGGGCGUUCGGGGCGCGCUGCCGCAGCGAGGCGGAUGUGUCGGCGAGGACCGGGCCGCACUCGCCCUUCUCCGUGUCCCACGCCUCCCUCGGCCGGCCGCGGCGUUCCAGGAACUCUUCGUCCGGCUCGUCGGUUUUCGGCGCCGACCGCGAGCUGACCGCGCUCCUGUUGUCGCCGAGCCCCGAGCGCGAGGACGCCGGGACGAGUCCCGGGAGUCCGGGACUCUCGAACGCCCGACCGCCGAGCUCCAGGGUCUCGGCGUUCGGCUUCCCCCAAAACCGGACGGCGCCGCCAUCCCCCGCCUGCGCUCCGGAGACCGCCGCUCGCCUCAGAGACAACGCUCAAAGCGCCGCCGACCGCGCGAUCGCCGUGGCGACAACCUCCGAUCCCAACCGGGAGUCCGACCGCGGCGGCGCCGAAGAUCGACUCGCCGGCGCCCGUGAACUCGCCAGAGGGAACAAGAUGUCGUUUGAGAAAUGCACCUUGGUGCCGGAGCUCAAAGGGUUCGACCCGGUCACCGGGCGCCACAAAGGUCGCCGACGCCGGGACGAGGAGGCGCAACAAAAAGAGGAGGAGGAGGCGCAACGAAAAGAGGAGGAGGUGCAACGAAAAGAGGAGGAGGGGCACGAGGAAGAGGCGGUGGUGUGGUGCGGGACGGGCGUGUGCGAGGCUGCCGGCGAUCUCGCGGACACCGCAGAGCGUGACCACCGGGGUGGGAGCCGGCGAGCUAGCUCCGCCCACGCGGAACCUCAACCGGCCAAUCAGAAGCCAGCGCCUGAACCCAUCAGCAGCCAACCGGUGCCUGACCCCCGCCGCGACAAUCCGUCGCAUCCCGCCUCCUCCCCCAGGUGGCGCCGCGCAGAGCCUGCGGCGGCGGCGGCCAACGGGGCUAAAACUGCCAAUCAAAGGGGAGGAGCUAAGAGGAGCUCCACCAAUGAGCAGAGAGACGUGAGGACAGAAGCAUCCGGUUCCGCGAAUGGAAAGGCGGGAUCGGCAAAUUCGUCCAAGUCGUCCGCCAAGAACCUCCCGACCGCCACGACUCGACCCGCCGCCAUCAAGGCCCCGGCGGUCCGCACGCUCACGAGCUCCGAGAACCAGAGCUUGAGACGCGUGGUGCCGAUCUCCAGGACCGGCCGAGGGGCUCCGGGCCAACAUCCCGGCAGUCGCACCUCCUCCGGCCUCCUCGGCGGCACCUCCUCCCUCCGACGAGGAGGAGCAGGAGGAGAGCAGCCGGCGACCGCUCCGUCGUCCCGCCGCUCCAGAGUCCACAAGGCGCCGGACUCUGGGGACCAGAAGGACCAGGAGGACCUGAAGGACCUGAAGGACCAGGAGGACCAGAAGGACCUGAAGGACCUGAAGGACCAGGAGGACCUGAAGGACCAGGAGGACCUGAAGGACCAGGAGGACCAGGAGGACCUGAAGGACCAGGAGGACCUGAAGGACCAGGAGGACCAGGAGGACCAGAAGGACCAGAAGGACCAGGUGGACCAGAAGGACCUGAAGGACCUGAAGGCUCCGGGUCCUCGUGAGCAGAACCAGGAGGCGCGGAGGAGGCCGUUAGCUAAACCCAGACCGCCACCGGAGGAGAAGAUGUGUCGCGCCACGCUGCGGAUGCUCGGAGGAGGAGGAGGAGGAGGAGGAGGAGGCGGCGGCAUCAGUGCUCCUGUUACUCCUUCCCACAAAGCCGGUACUCCUUUGCAGCUUCCCGGUUUCGCCCGAGGCACCGCCUCCUCUUCUUUCAGACGAACCCACACCACGCUGACUCCUCCUCCUCCUCCUCCUCCAGGCCUCGCUCGCUCGGUGUCCUCCCUUAAACACUCCCCGAAGACCUCCUCCACCCCCUCGCCUCUCACCAGAACCGGCUCUCUGAGAGUCCCCUCCGACCUCCUCAAACCUUCCUCCUCUUCCUCCUCCUCCUCGCUGAGGAGGUCCCAGAGCAUCAGGCCGGCGCCUCCUCGGUCGCCGCUCCGCGACCCGCCGGCUCCCCCUAGAGGCCGCCGGCGGAACGACAGCGGCACCUUCUCCGACAAGUCGACUCACUCCAGGGAUUCGGGCAAGUCCACCCGGCCGGGCUGGAGGUGACAGGAGGAACCCGGGGCUGCAGUGUCCCUUUAAGAGGACACUGUCCCUUUAAGAGGAUGUGACACUGUCCCUUUAAGAGGAGCUGCCUCUCCAGACGCAGUGUUUCACUGCAGUAGAUGAAACGGGAGAAACAGAACAAUCUUCUUUACUUUGGACGGAUAUUUUUUAUAUUGUAUCUUCAUAAUAUUCUUAUCUUCUUACCUACCUUCCUACCUUCCUACCUUCUUACCUACCUACCUUCUUACCUUCCUUCCUUCUUACCUACCUUCCUACCUUCCUUCUUACCUACCUACCUUCCUACCUCCCUUCCUUCCUUCUUACCUACCUUCCUACCUUCUUACCUACCUUCCUACCUUCCUUCCUUCUUACCUACCUUCCUUCCUUCCUACCUUCCUACCUUCUUACCUACCUUCCUACCUCCCUACCUAACUUAUUACCUUCCUACCUACCUACCUACCUCCCUACCUACCUUCUUACCUUCCUACCUACCUACCUCCCUUCCUACCUUCCUUUCUACCUUCUUACCUCCCUUCAUA